AUGACCCUCUAUACGGAACCUCCAACCCUUCGCGAAUUCAAGUACGAUAAGCCCACUCUGCUCGUCUGUUGGUGGGCAACGUCAUUUUGCACUCUCAUUAUCCUCCUACGGCUUGCUGGCCGUUUCAUUCGUACAGAACGAUUAUUCACCGAGGACCGUGUGGCUGCGCUUGCCUUGAUACCUUUGUAUGCUCGCAUGGCAUGCGUUCAUUAUAUACUCAUUUACGGAACCAACAAUGCUCAAUUUGACGGCGUUGAGCUCACUGACGAACAACUACGCCAGAAGUCUAUUGGCAGUGGUCUUGUGCUAGCCAGUCGAAUUUUUUACGCUGCAACCUUAUGGAUACUAAAGUUUGCAGUUCUCGAGUUCCUCCACCGAUUGACUCGAGCCACAUGGGAACGAACAUGGCAGACGUCUCUGUAUAUCAUUCGCAUCAUCCUUGCAGCCACCUUCAUCGCCGUUGUCAUAAGCGACUUUGUCGAAUGUCGUCCUUUCAGUCACUAUUGGCAGGUUUUGCCUGAUCCUGGUGGUCAGUGUCGCCAAGGUUAUGUGCAGCUUCUUACCAUGGCAGUCUGCAACGUCAUCACCGACUUGUUGCUUGUCAUUUUCCCCAUUCCAAUCAUCGUGACGAGUGGAAUGACGAUAAAGAGAAAGAUACAACUCGUGCUUCUCUUUUCCCUCAGUCUGUCUGUUGUAGGAGUGACACUCUACCGUGUACCACACAUCAUCGACGAGAAUGGCCGUCAGCAAUAUCGGUCUCUUCUGGCUUCAGUUGAGCUUCUGUUUGCCACGGCAGCGGCCAACUCAUUGGUAUUGGGGUCUUUCAUGCGGGAUAGGGGUAUUAAAAAGCAGAAGUUCCGCCGUUCGUCUGUCGCCGAGUCCCUCGAUCCUUCUCUCAAUCUUCGCCGUCCGACUUUACAUCGACACUGGGGGAGUGAUGAGGACCUCGUUCGGGAUAUUGGCAUGACUGUCGAUCCGGAACUACAGGACCAGCCCGACAAUUCCAGUGAGAAUGGUGCUUUGCAAUAUACUCCUGCCCCUCUUGUCCGGAAGCUGGACCAAGAUCUUGAGCGCUGGCAAUUCCCACAGAGACAGCGCAGUAACGCAGAGCAUAGCGACGAUUCUCUAAUACAACAUGACCCACUCUCUCGGUCGAAGAACGAGAAUAGUCCGGCGCCAAGAAGAGUAUCUUUCUUUGAUGUGGGUGGCUUGCUCGAUGUUCCGCCCGAAAGUUCUGGCAGUCUACGAGCAAAUAGCCGCGACUCAUCUAAAGAGGACUCAGCACAGUCCUACACACCUCCUGUGCCUUCGUUGCCGGCCAGUUCGGGCGGGUUCCGUCGAGGUUCGACUGCAUUACUCCAGGAUAUUGGUGGCCUUUUUGGGCCUGCGAACGCAAGGUCGAAUCGAUCCAAGCCCAAAUACGGAGGCACUGAACUCCAACCGAUACCACAAUCUCGGCAAGAGUCACGACAAGGCAGUCAUGCGCAUUCAGGGACAGAGCUGAGGGAUCCUGGCGGGCUCUUGAAUUAA